AGAGCGAGUGUCAUGGCGGCGGGCGUCGAGUUGGCAGGAGUUGCCCACGGACCUGGGGGAAGUCACUAAAGCAGAGGAAGAAGCGGCCCGACCCGGACGGCGGGGAGUCGUGGGGAUGAGCGGAGGCACCUCGGGGUGACUGUGUCACGAGGGGCGGGCCCCUGGCGAAGCCCCGCGCCGGGCCUGUGCGUCCCCGGGCGGUUGGUGGGCGCCCCCGAGCCGGCGUUGCCUGGGGACCCCGCAUUGUGCGGUCACGUCCUGAGCUCCGAGUUCAGUCGCGCGGAGGCCGCGGCCGGAGGGCGCUCGGCGGCACCGCCUGCCCGCGUUGCGCGCUUGUUUCCCGAGCGGACCGAGUCGGCGUCUCAGCCCGCGGCGAUGUCGUCCUGGCUCGGGGGCCUCGGCUCCGGCCUGGGCCAGUCCCUGGGUCAGGUGGGGGGCAGCCUGGCGUCCCUCACGGGCCAGAUCUCCAACUUCACCAAGGACAUGCUGCUGGAAGGCGCGGAGGAAGUGGAAGCAGAUUUAUCAAAUUCUAGAAGAAAUGAAAUUGAAGCCAUUCAUGCAGUCUUAAAAUCAGAGAAUGAAAGGCUCAGAAAGCUGUGUGUGGAUCUGGAGGAGAAGCAUGAAGCGGCGGAGCUGCAGCUAAAGCAGCAGUCCGCGAGUUACCGAAGCCAGCUGCAGCAGAAGGAGGUGGAAAUCAGCCACCUUAAAGCGAGACAGAUGGCACUGCAGGAUCAGCUGCUGAAGCUGCAGUCCGUGCAUUCGGGCGCCGGCAGCGCACCAGCCGCCACCACAGCGUCCGCCUUUGGGUACGGGGCCAGUCCUCACACUGCAGCUUUCCGUGAUGACGACAUGGAUUUUGGUGACGUAAUUUCCUCACAACAAGAAAUAAACAGACUGUCCAAUGAAGUUUCAAGACUUGAAUCCGAAGUUGGCCACUGGAGGCAUAUCGCACAGACUUCUAAGGCACAAGGAACACAUAGUUCUGAUCAAAGUGAAAUUUGCAAACUGCAAAAUAUCAUUAAAGAACUUAAACAAAACCGAAGUCAGGAAAUUGAUGACCAUCAGCAUGAAAUGUCAGUAUUGCAGAAUGCUCAUCAGCAGAAACUGACUGAGAUAACUCGUCGGCAUCGAGAGGAACUGAGCGACUAUGAAGAGCGAAUUGAAGAACUUGAAAAGCUGUUGGAGCAAGGUGGCUCAGGAGUUACAACAGCGGAUCAUUCUAAAGUCUCAGAAUUGCAAAAGUCUGUUCAAGUUCUGCAGACUGAAAAAGUGGAGUCUACUAGAAGAAUCAAGGAACUUGAGGAGGAAAUAAAAGACAUAAGUCAAAGGUUAUCUUCUGCAGAAAAUGACAGGGAUGUUUUGAAGAGAGAACACGAACAGCUAAAUGUGGAAAAGAGACCAAUGAUUGAAGAAUGUGACAACUUGAAACUGGAGUGUAGUGAAUUGCAGGCGUACGCUGUGAAGCAGGGUGACACUGUGGCAGGAAAGGAAGCAGUUCUUGCGCAGAGUCCCGCGACGGAAGAGGUGCUCAGGCUGCAGCAAGCCCUGUCUGAUGCUGAAAAUGAAAUUAAAAGACUGACUAAUUUAAACCAGGAUAGCAGUCUCACUGAUGAUAAUCUGAAACUUAAAAUGGAAGUGCAAGUUUUAGAAAAAGAGAAGUCAUUACUGAAUCAAGAAAAGGAGGAACUUCAGAAAUCACUUGUAAAAUUAAAUAAUGAAUAUGAAGUCAUUAAAAACACAGACAUGAGAAAUUUGGAUUCAGAAUUACAUGACUUAAGACGUAAUUUGGAGGCAAAGGAACAAGAACUCAAUCAGAGUAUUAAUGAAAAGGAAAUACUAAUGGCUGAGUUGGAAGAACUGGACAAACAGAAUCAAGAGGCUACAAAGCAUGUGAUUUUGAUUAAAGAUCAGCUGUCAAAACAACAAAAUGAAGGCGACGUCAUCAUCAGUAAACUAAAACAAGAUCUGGAUGAUGAAAAAAAGAGAGCUCAUCAACUUGAGGAUGAUAAAGUGAACAUUAUUAGAGAGUUGGAUGUGGAGAAAGAAAAGCUAAUUCAGAGUGGGUGGGCACUGAAUGAUUUGCAUUUAGCCAAGCAGAAGCUUGAGGAUGAAGUAGAAGAUUUAGUAGAUCAGCUAAAUAAGUCACAGAAAAGUAAUACAAGCAUCCAGAAAGAGAACCUUGAACUUAGGGAGCUUAUUCGCCAAAACGAGGAGGCGCUCUCUAGAGUCAGGAAUGAGUUACUUCAGUCUCUCAGUCAGGACUUCCACAGUGAUCUUAGUGAGAAGCUCCCUAAAGAAAAGGAAACCGAAGCACGAAAUUUACAGCAGAAUCUCUCAGAAAUAGAACAGCUCAAUGGGAAGUUAAAGAAAGUUGCUUUUGAUCUCAAAAUGGAAAAUGAAAAGUUGCUUUUAGCAUACGAAGAGGUAAGACAUCAGUUGGAAGAAUCCGUUGCUGUUAACAAUCAGAUUUCUGUGGAAAAAGACACUGUUGUGGAGACUCUAAGAAGGGAAGAGGGGCAGGUGGAAGCGGAGUUACGUGGGGCUGAGCGGAGGCUGUUGGAAGAGGGUAGCAGGCACAAGCAGAGCGUUGAAGGACCGGGUCCCGCUGCCUUGCAGCUGGAACAUGAGCGUUUAAUUAAGCUCAGUCAAGAGAAAGACCUGGAAAUAGCAGAUCUCAAAAAGCACAUUGAGCAAAUGGAUACCGAGCAUAAAGAAACCAAGGAAAUGUUGUCAUCUAGUUUAGAGGAGCAGAAGCAAUUGACACAACUUAUAGACGAGAAAGAAAAUCUUAUUGAACAACUUAAAGAAAGAAGUUCUGUGCUGCAGGAGGAAUUAGAUAAGUACACUCAGGCCUUGAAAAGCAAUGAAGUUUUAAGGCAGACGCUAGAGGAAAAGGAUAGAAGUCUGGGCUCCAUGAAGGAAGAGAACAAUCACCUGCAGGAACAGCUGGAGCGCCUGCGGGAGCGGCAGAGCCGGGCUGCGCAGGGGGCCGAGCCGCGAGCCCCGGACGGCGCUGCCGAGCUGGAGUCAGAGGUGUCCCAGCUGACUGUCACCAAGCGCCACCUGGAAGAGGAGAUCAGGCAGCACCAAAAGGUAAUUGAAGAUCAAAACCAGAGUGAGAGACAGCUCCUUCAGUCUCUGCAGGAGCAGAAGAAGGAAACGGAGGCGUUUAAACACCAGUACGAGCAAAUGAACGCCACGCAUGCGCAGCUGUUCCUAGAGAAAGAUGAGGAAAUCAAGACUUUGCAGAAAACAAUCGAACAGAUCAAAACGCAGCUGCAUGAGGGACGACAGGACAUGCACACCGAGAAUGCUGAUAUUUUCCAAGAAACAAAAGUUCAGAACCUUAGUUUAGAAAAUGGAAGCGAGAAGCAUGAUUUAUCUAAAGCUGAAACAGAAAGAUUAGUGAAAGGGAUAAAGGAGCGAGAGCUGGAGAUUAAGCUUCUCAAUGAGAAGAAUAUAUCUCUAACCAAACAGAUUGAUCAGCUGUCCAAGGAUGAGGUUGGCAAGCUCACUCAGAUCAUCCAGCAGAAGGACUUGGAGAUACAAGCUCUCCAUGCUAGAAUUUCUUCACCUUCCUACCCCCAGGACAUCCUGUACCUGCAGCAGCAGCUCCAAGCGUACGCUAUGGAGCGAGAGCAAGUGUUAGCUGUGCUGAGUGACAAGACAAGGGAGAACAGCCACCUGAAAACGGAGUACCACAGAAUGAUGGACGUAGUCGCUGCCAAAGAAGCGGCCCUCGUGAAGCUGCAGGACGAGAACAAACAGAUGUCCACCAGAUUUGAAAGCAGCGGCCAGGACAUGUUCCGAGAAACUGUUCAGAAUCUAUCACGGAUCAUCCGCGAGAAGGACAUUGAAAUCGACGCACUAAGCCAGAAAUGUCAGACUCUACUGACCGUCCUCCAGACGUCUGGCGCCAGCAGCGAGGCUGGCGGUGUUAACAGUAAUCAGUUUGAGGAGCUUCUGCAGGAGCGUGACAAGUUAAAGCAGCAGGUGAAGAAGAUGGAGGAGUGGAAGCAGCAGGUGAUGACCACCGUGCAGAACAUGCAGCAUGAGUCGGCCCAGCUGCAGGAGGAGCUGCAUCAGCUGCAGGCACAGGUGUUGGUUGACAGCGACAAUAACUCUAAAUUGCAAGUGGACUACACCGGCCUGAUCCAGAGUUACGAGCAGAACGAAACCAAACUGAAAAACUUCGGGCAGGAGCUGGCGCAAGUGCAGCACAGCAUAGGGCAGCUUUGCAACACCAAGGACCUUCUUUUAGGCAAACUUGACAGCAUUUCACCCCAGCUGGCUCCUGGGCCGUCCCCGGCUCCCCAGGCAGGGGGGCCUGCUGCAGCCGGCGAGGCCGGUGGGGCCUGCGAGGCGUCUCCGCUGCUGUGGCAGGAGGUGGAGGAGCUGAGGAGGGCGCUGCAGCAGAGGGACGCGACGAUCAGAACGCUGCAGGAGAACAACCACCGGCUGUCCGACUCCAUCGCCGCCACCUCGGAGCAGGGGCGGAGGGAGCACGAGCAGAGCGGCUCGGAGAUCAGGCAGCUGAAGGAGCGGCAGGACGCCCUGCAGAGCUUGCUCCGGGAGAAGGACCUCCUCCUGAAGGCCAAGAGCGAUCAGCUGCUCUCCUCCAGCGAGGAGUUCACCAACAAAGUGAACGAGAACGAGCUCCUGCGGCAGGCCGUCACCAACCUGAAGGAGAGGACGCUGAUCUUGGAGAUGGACAUCUCGAAACUGAAGGGAGAAAACGAGAAGAUCGUGGAAGCGGCCAGGGGGAGGGAAACAGAGUACCAAGCGUUACAAGAGACUAACAUGAAGUUCUCCAUGAUGCUGCGAGAGAAGGAGUUCGAGUGCCAUUCGAUGAAGGAGAAGGCUCUGGCCUUUGAGCAGCUGUUGAAAGAAAAAGAACAGGGCAAGGCUGGGGAGUUAAAUCAACUUUUAAAUGCAGUUAAGUCAAUGCAGGAGAAGACGGUUACAUUUCAGCAGGAGAGAGACCAGGUCCUGCUGGCCCUGAAACAGAAGCAGAUGGAAAACAGCACCCUGCAGAAUGAGGUUCAGCACUUACGUGACAAAGAAUCACGGCUAAACCAGGAGCUGGAGAGACUGCGGAACCAUCUUUUAGAAUCGGAGGAUUCUUACACUCGGGAAGCUUUGGCUGCAGAAGAUAGAGAGGCUAAACUAAGAAAAAAAGUCACAGCAUUGGAAGAAAAGCUAGUGUCCUCCUCCAGCGCCAUGGAAAAUGCCAGCCACCAGGCCAGCGUGCAGGUAGAGUCGUUGCAGGAGCAGCUGAACGUGGUCUCCAAGCAAAGGGAUGAGGCCGCGCUGCAGCUGUCCGUGUCUCGGGAGCAGGUGAAGCAGUACGCGCUGUCCCUCAGCAACCUGCAGAUGGUGCUAGAGCACUUCCAACAAGAGGAAAAAACUAUGUAUUCUGCUGAAUUAGAAAAGCAAAAGCAGCUUAUAGCUGAAUGGAAGAAAAAGGCAGAAAAUCUGGAAGGAAAAGUGGUGGCAUUACAAGAACGUUUGGAUGAAGCAAAUGCUGCGUUGGACUCGGCGUCAAGACUUACAGAACAGUUAGACCUGAAGGAAGAACAAAUUGAAGAACUUCAAAAACAAAAUCAGCUCCGACAAGAAAUGCUGGAUGAUGUACAAAAGAAAUUGAUGAACUUAGUAAACAGCACAGAAGGAAAAGUGGACAAAGUGCUGAUGAGAAACCUCUUCAUUGGGCAUUUCCACACACCAAAAAGUCAGCGGCACGAAGUGUUGCGGUUGAUGGGCAGCAUCCUGGGCGUGCAGCGGGAGGAGAUGGAGCAGUUGUUUAAAGAAGAUCAGGGUGGUGUGACCAGGUGGAUGACAGGGUGGCUUGGAGGAGGAUCAAAAAGUGUCCCCAACACACCCUUGAGGCCCAAUCAGCAGUCCAUGCUUAAUAGUUCUUUUUCAGAACUUUUUGUUAAAUUCCUAGAGACAGAAUCUCAUCCAUCUGUUCCACCACCAAAACUUUCUGUCCGUGACAUGAAGCCCCUAGAUUCCCCAGGAAGAAGGAAACUGGACACAAAUGCACCAGAAAGUUUCAAAGAUCCAGCAGAGUCCAGGUCUGGUAGAAGAACUGAUGUGAAUCCGUUCCUGGCCCCCCGCUCUGCUGCUGUGCCCCUUAUCAACCCAGCCGGACUUGGCCCCGGGGGGCCUGGGCACCUGCUCCUCAAACCCAUCUCAGACGUUCUGCCCACGUUCGCCCCUUUGCCAGUGUCGCCAGACAACAGCGCUGGAGUUGUGUUGAAAGACCUUUUAAAGCAAUAAAGGACCCUCCAGCCAGAGACAACACAGCACUUUAAAGAAACCGUGAACGCUCUGCGAUGUCCGUUAUCACAAAGUGCCCUUGGGAAGACAUUCGUGUGUAUGUUUGUAGUUGUACUUUCUCUAAAUUUAAUAAAAAUGUUCUCAGUGCUUUUAGAAAUUGGCAGGAGUCAGAGGAAAAACUGUUCUUUUCCUUCUCUGAUUUGACGUAAUACAAACUAGAAAUACUUGAUUUACCCUUUAUCUUAAUUUACAUUUUAAAAAGACAAAUCCUGGUCGCUGUACUGUACAUCAGCUUUUUGUUUCCUUCUCUGGUUUUCGAGCUCUCCUAAGCUAGAGACAAGUGAUUUACCUUUCAAAGCUCAGAGAGUCUCGGCGCUGUGUAGCAGAGAGCUGAGGCACAGAGUGUGUGCACAGGCCAGCACGGUUGUCCCAGCAGGCCCCGGAGCCCGGGGAUGGCAAGUGUGCGAGGUUCUGUGCAGCGUCUGCCCAGCUGUGCUCACAUGACCAGCACCCCAGUCAGGGUGCAGGGCUUGGUCCAUCAUAGCCUUAACCCCCUCGUCUCCACCCCCUCCUCGCUCCCGCCUUAACCCCUGGCGGCCGCCCAGCGAGCGUCCCUUCAUUGGCAGGUGCAUGGUGUGGGCACCCUUGCAUUUUAAGGCCUCUGGCGUCUGCUCAGAGGUUGCAUCUUAAAAGUCAGAGCUCCCUCACGCAGGUGCUCAGAGCCCACCCUGCAAUCGCUCUGACAGUACCAGCGCCAGGUGUUUGCGACCUAAGAGGAAGAGAGUAUUGCUUUAAUUUUGUGUUAAACUAACAUGAAAAACCCUGACUUGAAAUUUAAUUGUAUCAAGAUGUUCAGAUUUGUGUUAGUUGUUGAAGUUGUACAUUUAAAAUGACACUUCUGUAUGUGGUGGAUUUCAAUAUGCCUUUAAAAUAGCAACAUUUUGUAUAGCAAGGAAAGGUGAAAAUAAGACUAAUCCAAGUAUGUAAAUAAGCCUGGCUCUGGCCAGAGCUUACUUUGGUUGUUUGUAUGUUUUGCUGUGGCUCACGGAAUAUUUCUAAUGUAUUUGGAAGACUGUUGACAGCAGGUGAAACCUGUAUCCGCCAUCCCUGUGUACCCUGGCGGGCGGGAAGCUGGUGCACAGAUCCUGUGUAAGAACUGCUCAGCUGGCCCUGGGCUUACGCUGAGCAAGCGCCGGCACUCACGGCUGCAGGCGACGCACCGGGCCUCCCCAGACAGCUCAGCGGCACCAGGCCUCCCGGACACCCCAGCUCAGCGGCACCAGGCCUCCCGCGCCGCGUGGUGCCACCCCUGGCCCCUGCCUGCACACAGCACGGGAGAGGAUCGAGUUUCAGCUGCGUGCGUGGAAGGCGGAGGAAUCGGAAGUGGGGGCCGACUGUCACUCGUGGAUCCCUGUGUGCUCCUUCCAAAGACGUUCCCACUGGCUGUCCUGAAUCAUCUGUUGCUUUGCCACUGGAGUUUUAGUUCAGUGUGGAGCAACUGAAACACUAGGUUCUAAGUUUAAAACAAAAACAGUUCUUCAUUUUGAGGACAUGCAGAAAGUGUUUUAUUUUGAAAAGGAAGUGCGUGGUGGAUAUGUAAGUAGUAUGUCACCAUAUUUGAAAUGCCUUUUAUGACAUUUUGAGUAUUUCCUUCCCUGGUCAGAACAGCCUGUCUCCCCCCACCCCGCCCCCCAACGUUUGAAAGCUGUCGUGGAUGGAUUGCAUUUCCAUAGACCACAGAGCAUGCUGUUACAAAGCUACUGUUUAGUAAGUGCGUCCCAGAUAGUCUUGUCCUGAAGCUGUGUGCCCGAAUGCUCCCUCUGUAUGGUUGAAGCUGUAGCUGGCUGGCACGCUUUGACCUCAAGCAGACACAACUCACCCGCUGCCCUGAAGCCAAGCCGUGUCAGAGGUGAGCCAUCUGCUCCAGGAAUCUCUCCCGUCGGCGACUGAGGAAGCCUGCCAUCCAGUGUUCGCCGCAGGCCGCUGCUGACAGUACCUGGACCACAGUAUCAGUAUGCAGCUGGGGUCAUUUUGCUGUUUGUGGUUGAAUUCUGCCUGAGCUGCCUGUUUUUCACAACAUUCCUGAUGGUUUUCAGCCAUGUUUAGUUGAACAAUACUGCAGUCCAACUUCCAUCCAGGCGUUGGGUUGGAUCUUUCUGGUGUAGUACUGUAUCUCUUGGUGGUUUGAGUUUAGUUCCUGCCAUUCUUGAUUUGAACAAAUAAAGGAAAAAAGCACAACAGAACAUAGGAACAGAGGAAUGACUCUUGCAGCUACUCAGCUAAAGCAUUGAAUAUCCCACCCCAAAUAAAGCCUUCGGUUUCGUUUAACCUCUUAACGGUUACCUGGGAGGGACCCCUCCCAAGUCAGUGGUUUGAUGAGAAGUACUUAGUGCUGUAUGGCAUCAAACUUACGAGCGUUUGAAUUUGAUUUCUAAAGCCAGUGAAGUUUUUCACAUGUCCAAGUAUGUAAAACAUCUUCCAUCAAUGAAAUUAUAAUUUUGUAAAUACCAAAUGAGCUGUGAUAUUUAUUUUAUAUAUUCCUAUGGGAAAAAAUAAUGUUCUGACAUUUGUAAUUAUUUGCCAAUCUUUACUUUUUAACCUAUUAAGUUAUCUCUAUUUAAAAAUUUCAAAUUUUCGGGCUCAGUGUUGUGGCGUAAUGGGUCAAGCCCUGGCCUGCAAUACUGGCAUCCGUGUGGGCUCCAGUUUGUGUCCCAGCUGCUCCACUUCUGAUCCAGCUCCCUGCUAAUGCACCUGGGAAAGCAGCAGAUGAUGGCCCAGGUGCUUGGGCCUCUGCACCCACAUGGGAGACCUGGAUGAAGCUCCUGGCUUCAACCUGGCCCAACCCUGGCUACUGCAGUCAUUUGGGGAAUGAACCAGCAGAUGGAAGAUUUCUCUGUCGCUCCUCUCUGUAACUCUGACUUUAUCAAGUAAAUAAAAAUAAAUAAAAUUAUAAAUUUUCUCUUGAUUUUUAGAGAAAUAUCUAAAUGUGGGGAAAUUUCCAAGCCAACCUUAAUAUUAAGUAUGUUUUAUAGCACUAAAGUCAAUGCAUCUUUUAAUUUCUCAGGAGCAUUGUAAGGCAAAAAAUAUUCCAAAUAAAGAUGAUAUAUGUAAGUUG